AAGUAGGGAUGAGCGUGUAAUGAAUUCAUCAGCGUUUUAAAAACCUGGUGCCCCCGCAAAUGAUUUUUCUUCACUCCCCACGUCUAGAGCUGGUUCUCUAGUAAGAGCAAGAAAAGAUCUACGCGCACUCAGCCUUUACCAGCCUACAUCAGAAUACUUUUUCGCCCAGAGUCACUGCUGAUAAUUAUGCAUGUCUCGCGGUCGUUCCUCCUGCUCCUAGCCUCCUUGUCACUGUCGUUAAACUGCCGUGCUUCACCGCUACCGGAUUCCCCCAAGCCAAGUUCGGAAAUGGGAACGUGGGGUAGAAGAGAUGAGGCGCAAAAAGUUCAUCUCGGGUACAGAUACGUGGACAAGGAUAGUGUCUUGAUUUAUGCGCGCGCAGGGAGGGAGCUAGCGAAGGCAGCAGGAAAGGUUGUACAGGCAAAACCUAAAGGAGACGAGGCAAAGUGGGUAAUAGAAGGAACUCUGACGGACAUAAAGGCUUCGGGUACCGUGAUAGGGGAGGGCGCAUAUCUGACACCCAGCGUGGGUGGAUGGGAGGGGGAAUUCGUGGUAUGAACCAUCCAUGAACCUCGGGAUACUUUCAACUAACUAUGCAAUCUUCAGUGUGAGGUUUGGGGAGAUUUAGAAAAGUUCAAGGAA